AUGCUCCUAGUAAUUCUAGUGUCUUUUUUGGCUCAUUAUUGUGUCGGUGCUCCGAGGAACAAUGAUUUUGGAUGGGGAGCUAAUAGUGGCUGGUACAACUGGCCCGGUCAGUCAUUUGGAAGAGAUUCCAACUGUGGUGUCAGAAGAGAUGCAUGCCUGAAGGAUCAAGGAAAUGUUCUGAAACGUACUGAGUCUACAAACUGGAAGAGUUGGGAUGCAGUCCAAUCAUUCAGCAGUUCCUCUCAUAAAAGAGAGAUGAAAACUGUCUGUGACAGAUAUCUCUACAUGCCAAUGAACUUUGCCGAGUGCUUCCAAAAGUUGAACAGCAAGAAUUCGCAAUGUUGGCAGAACUACAUUCCAGUUCCACAUACUUCAUGUUCAAACUUGUUUGGGCAGGAUAAUUGUGUAAAAUCUGAUAUCGUAGAAGUUUGUGGUCAAAGUGAAUGGACCAGGUUUAGAGAUAAAAUGAUCGUCCUGAUGACUUCUAUGCAUCCUCUAUGUGUCUUCAAUACUGAUCUCUAG